AUGACCGGACAGGACGAUGUGGACAUACCUGAAACAGGAGCCAUCUUCACAUUUGGAAAGAGUGGUUUUGCUAAUAAUGUGCCUAGUAAAUUCUGGUUGAAGAAUGACCAGCCAGUACACCUGUCCUGUGGGGGAGAGCACACUGCUGUCAUCACAGAAAAUGGCAGGCUGCUCAUGUUUGGUAGUAACACUUGGGGCCAAUUAGGGCAUGGAUUUAAACCUACAGCUCGCAAGCCUGCCUCCGUGAAAGCCUUAAAGUCUGAGAAGGUGAAGCUUGUGGCUUGUGGGAGAGAUCACACCAUCGUCUGCACAUCGCGGGGUAGUGUGUAUGUUGCUGGCAGUAACCAGGUGGGACAGCUCGGUUUGGGUCACUGUGACAACACCACAUCCUUUCACCUGCUGCAUCCUUUCUGUGACCAUGCACCAAUCAAAAUGCUCUCUGCAGGAUGCAACACUUCAGCUGCCUUAACAGAGGAUGGGAGGCUGUUCAUGUGGGGAGACAACGCCGUGGGUCAGAUCGGUUUAGGGGAUGAGGGUUUUGCAGCAGAGCCCAGAGAGGUGGAUGUUGGAGAAGUCGUGAUUUGGGUCUCCUGUGGAUACCACCACUCAGCAUUUGUCACAGCGGAUGGAGAUCUCUACACGUUUGGUGAGAGUGCGAAUGGAAGGCUUGGUCUCCAGGUGGAGCAGCUGACCAAUCACAGAGUCCCACAGCGGGUGCAAGGGAUUCUGGGUUGUGUCAGUCAGGUGUGCUGUGGAGGGGAGCACACUGUGGCACUCACAGAGGAGAACGUGUACACGUUUGGCAGAGGUCAGUACGGUCAGCUGGGCCACGGGACAUUUCUGUUUGAAGUUGAUUUGCCAAAACCACUGGAGCACUUUUGUAACAGCAGCAUCAAACACAUCGCCUGUGGAGAGAACCACACCGCUGUGAUCUCAAACAGCGGGCUUCUCUACAUAUUUGGUGAUGGUCGUCAUGGGAAACUGGGUUUGAGAGAGGAGAACUUCAUUAACCAGUUCAGCCCAACUCUCUGCACACGUUUUCUCAAGUACAGUGUUGAAUUAGUGUCCUGCGGUGGAAACCACAUGCUGGUGCUGGCUGCACCCAGACCACCAGAGAGCCAAGAAGAGGUGCCAGAGAAGGAUGUCACAAUCAAAGAGAACUUUCUGGAGCCAAGCUACACAGAAAUCCUCCUGCUGGACACUUUGAUUGAUCCCAGUCCAACAGUCCCACUCUCGGCCCUCUCUGCACGAGCCCGCCACAGAGAAAAAAGAAGUGCUGUGGAGCUUUUCGGGGAGAUGUUUCACAACCUCCCACGCCUGAAUUCUGACUUCCUCAACACCUCCUGGCAAACAUCCAGAAAUAUCCCAACCCCUAAAACGCUUUCAAAGGACUUCACCACCUCUUCAUCAUCCCCGAAACCACAAUCAGAAGUAACACUAAGCCCUCCACUCUCCCCCAGAUCUCCAGCAUUAUCCUCUAAGCCAUCGAGCCCACGAUCUCAGUCAUCAAACACCUUUCAGUAUAAAUCCUCCACCGCUGCUUCCUCUAGGACUCGAUCCAAAGAGCUGCCUUCUCCUUUACUCUCACCAAAGUCUAUAACUAAUCGUAACACCCCAGUAUCUCCUAAAAAGACUGCAAAAAAGAAACUGCACAGAGUGACAUCUGCUAAAAAGGCCUUAAAUGGAGAAUCUCCGCUACCACCUAAAGAGCCCUGCAGCCCCACCAGACCCUCUAGUCAUAUUUCCAGCAAACAUGUCAGUGAGGAAGAGCAUCCUGCCUCGCCACAAACAGAGGGAGAAACCAUUCAGGGACAAGUUGUUUUAGAAGAUGUGGAGGACAAUAUCUCUGAGAAAGGAGUCGACUUUUUGCCAAAUAUGGAUGCACCCACCGAAGCGCCGUGCACCCCCGUUUCCUCUCAAAGCACUCAGAGAACAGAGGUGGUUUCAGUCAGCCAAGCCAAAUCCCCACAAGCUGCCAAACCUGUUGAUAAGGAUCUGCUUGUUUCUGGAACACACAUUGAGGAUCCUAAGAGCCCCUCUGAAGAAAAGCCAAAGUGGGGGGAAAUCCUCAGCACCGCAGCUACUCUGCUGCCUGCUGUCGGGGUAGCAGGUGCAGCCAUGGGGGUCCUCAGUGAGGCUGUGACAAGCGUAGGUGGUUUCCAGUCUGAUGGUGACACCGUUACCUCGACGUCAUCCAAAGCAUCCAGUCGAGGGAGGCAGUUCACAAAGCAGAGCGCGGUUAUGCAACCUUCCUUUUCUUCAACUUUGUCACAGGAGACGUCAAAUACUCCAGAAGAAAGCACAAAGAAAGAGGUCGAGAAGAGUCACGUUGAAGAAGGGGAAAGUGAUGAAACCACUCAGUCACAACAGGUGAUGAAGAAUAGUGACGGGAGUGAAGAGUUUUUCCACACAGAGGGGAAGAACAGCAGCACAGACGUGGAAACUUCUCAGCAUGAAGAAGAUGAGAAAAUCUGCAAGGAUCACAAAGAUGAUGAAGAAACACAUACUGAAGAUGAGGAAAAGAAGGAGGAUGAAGAAGAGGAGAGUGGAAGUGCUGUGGAGGACAAAGAAGAAGAAGAGGAGGGAAGUGAAAGCAGCGAGGAGGAAAAGGAGAGUGUUUCUGGAGAGGGUGAGGAAGAGCAAGAUAAUGAAACAGCAGAGGAGGAUGGUGAAGAGGAAACAGGCUCCAGCAGCGAGGAAGAGGAUGAAGGGAGCGAGAAGAGUGAUAUCACAGAGGCUGAAGAGGAGGAGGAGGAAGCAAGCAGUGAGGAAGGAGAUGGAGGAGGGAGUGGGUCUGAGGUAAGUGAGACGAAAGAGGAGGAGGGAAGCGAAGAGGAAGAGAAUAAAGAGGGAGAAAGUGAGGUGAGUGAGGAUGAAAGUGGUGAAGAGUCGGAGAGAAGCAAGAGCGAAGAGUCAGAGGAGGAGGAGGGAGAGAAAAAUGAUUCUGAUGAAGAUGACGAUGAAGAAGAAAAUGAGGUUGAUGCAGAAGAAGAGGGCGACACUGAGGAACAGAAAGAUUCCUCCUCAAGUGAGGAUGAGGAGAAAGACUCCGAACAGGAAGAGAGUGAAGUGGAGGAAGAUGAGAAACAAGAUGAGAAGACUGAUGAAAGUGAGGAGGAGGAAGAGGAAGACAGUGAGGCCGAAGAUGAGGAAGAUCAGGAUGAAAAGAGCAAUAAAGAAAAUGAGGAGGAUGAGGAUGAGGAGGAAGAGUCUUUAGAAGAGGGGGAAGCUGAGGAUGAGACUGCAGAGGAAGAAGAAAGUAAGGAGGUUACAGAGGACGAAGAAGAAGGUGAGGAGGAGGAAGAAGAAAGUAAGGAGGUUACAGAGGACGAAGAAGAAGAGGAUGACGAGAAAGAAGAUCAGAAUAAGGAGGAGGCUACACAGGAGGAAGAAGAAGGUGAGGAGGAGGAAGAAGAAAGUAAAGAGGUUACAGAGGAUGAAGAAGAAGAGGAUGAGGAGAAUGAAGAUCAGGACAAGGAGGAGGCUACACAGGAGGAAGAAGAAGGUGAGGAGGAGGAAGAAGAAAGUAAGGAGGUCACAGAGGAUGAAGAAGAAGAGGAUGAGGAGAAAGAAGAUCAGGAUAAGGAGGAGGCUACAGAGGAGGAAGAAGAAGAGGAGGAAGAAGAAGGUGAGGAAGAGGAAGAAGAAAGUAAGGAGGUUACAGAGGAGGAAGAAGAGGGUGAGGAGGAGGAAGAGGAAAGUGAGAAAGAGGUUACGGAUGAGAAAGAAGAGGGCGAGGAGGGGGAAGAAGAAAGUAAGGAGGUUACAGAGGAGGAAGAGGAUGACGAGAAAGAAGACGAGGAUAAGGAGGACGAAGACGGAGAGGAUGAGGAAGAAGAGAUUAAGAAAGAGGUUACAGAUGAGGAAGAGGAGGAGGAGGAGGAGGAAGAGGAUAAGGAGGUGGUAAGAGAGGAGGAGGAAGAAGGAGGUGAGGAAGAGGUGUCAGAGGAGGAAGGAGAAGAGGAGAGUGAAGGUGAGGAGGAGGAGAAAAUUAACAGAAAAGAGAAACUUAAUGGGGCUAAUAAGAAGGUGAUGGUAGAGAAGGAUGAAGAUGAUGAUGAUGAUGAGGAGUUGGAGGAGGGGGAGGAAGAGGAAGAGGAGGAAGAGGGAGAUGAGGAAGAGGAGAAUGAAACAAAGAUUAAACCAAAAACUGAGACAAGACAACGUAAUCAGAGAGAAGAAACAAAUAAGGAACGAAGUGAAGGUAAGAAAGGUGGUGAGGAGGAGGAAGAUGAAGACGAGGAUGAGGAAGAAGACGAGGAAGAAGAGGAGGAGAAGGAAGAAGAGGAGGAGGAGGAGGAGGAGGAGGAGGAGAAAAAAGUUGUAUCAUCAAAAACAAAAAACAUACAGAAGUUGCCUGCUGACAGGAAAGACAAACAGAAAGAAACGCCCAAACCAGCGCCGAGGACGAAGCCGAGCGCUGCAGGAGAAAAGAAACAAGAAGACCCCCAACAGUUCUGGAACGAUGUUCUGCCGCAGUACCUCGACCUGCAGUGA